AUGGAACCAAAUAUGACCAAGAAAAAGGGCGGACACGGGGAAGGUUCGAAAGAACGUCCAUUAGGGUCUGCCCUGUCUAAGUCUGGAGCCAGUGCUUCCCAGGCACAGGUUUUAAUGACUUCCUCUUCUUCUUCUGGAGUGGGUGGGGGUUCCUACUCAUCACUUACAGACCCUAAGGCCACCAGCAACCUGAUCACACCGGGGGGCUCGGAGGCCACUGGGUCUGAGGUGAUGGGAGAAAUUCUCAUAAACCAGCCACCAGCAUCUUCAUCGGCAACCAGCGGUCAGAACCUUCCUGGUAGCUUGGGUAAAACCCUUGGAGAUGGUGGUAAAAAGAAGAAGAAGAAGAAGAAGGGUGUCAAAACACCCGCUGAAAGCCAUUCAGCAACAAUAAUACGACGAGAACGUCGUGUACGUAAUAAAGCCCGAGAAAACAUGGAGAAAUCCACUGUGACUACCGGGCUUUGUUCGAAUUCGAUGCCAGAGCUAAGUGGGACUCCACAAUCGUCGUCCACUCCUACCAGAGCUGGACCAUCUGUUGGUACCUCACGGGCUCUGGGUAGGGUGCAACAACAGUCCCUGCCAGACCCAUCGUCGGCAUCGAAAAAGCGUCCUCGCCCACAGGAAGGAACUCCACCAGAGCUGAACGCUCACAAACGGUUGGACGUAAAGGAGACCCCAGAAAAUGUGGCAUCGGGGAAACCCACCUAUGCCCAGGCCCUGGUAGGAUCUUCUCUGGAGAUGGCGGUUGUACAUUCCGUCGGCCAGGACAGUUUGUCCGAAAUAUCGCAUGACUUGUUCACGCAGAUAUUGAAGACAUUAAACGUCAUCAUGGUCGAGGAUGUACGAGCCGGCUCCCAGGCACCAACGUUUGAGAGUACCACCCGCACUCGUGGAGUUGUCAAGAUUGUGUGUGAUGACAAGCGCUCCAGUGAAUGGUUAAUGGGCGUGGCUGGAAGACUGGCUACCAAGCUGGAACUUCCUCUUAUUGUCUGUGAAUUCAGUAAGAUACCACGCCCUCCGCUGUUCACUGGUUUCUUUAAGCAGCUUGAGCAUUGGGAAGAUGCGGAGAUCUUGCUGAAAUCAGCAAAUCCCCUACUCGCACCAAUCUCAUUCAAACUCUUAAAUUCGAAAAAGGAGGCAAAUGGCACUCAGUUCACUGUUAGUGUCAGGCCUCGGGACCGGGCCAUUCUCCUCGAGAAAGGCCCAGAGUUCAAGGUGGGAAUGGGUAAAACUCGCCUAUAUGAAAUCACUCGUUCCAAAAAAUCAGACCCUGCUGAAAAGAAAGGGACUGACCACAUGGACGAGGUAGUUAUUUCAUCGGAAUCUGAUUCUGAAUCUGGUUCUGAAAUAAAUACAGAAGCGACGGAUGACCUGGAAGCAAAAUGUGACGAUUCAUAUCGGAACGUUGAUGUGACUGUGGUUGAACGACAAUAUUCUGACACUUAUAUGGAUGAGUUAUCUGAAGAGGGCGGACAGGAACAAGUAGAGAUGUCUACAGAGACUGCUGCCCUAUCGGACACCGCAUCCAACACUUCACAUGGCCCAGAAGCCAUGGAUACUGGGGGAGUUGCGGACGAGCAACGGGAAUCCAGAGGCAUCGACUGA